AUGCCUCUAUUCAAGAUUGAGUCAGCAAUUUUGGUUUUAGAUUGUAAGAAGAAGCUCGAUGUUUGUAAGAAGAAAACGGAGGAAGCGUAUUUAGAUGUUGCGGCUGAAGAUGAGAUUGAACGUCUUCAGAAAGAGCUUGACGAAGAGAUUGAACGGGAGUGCAAACUUAAAGACGAGCUUAGAGUGGUCGCUGAUGAACUCAAUGACCUGAAUGCUCAGUUGGAUUCAAUUGCUGAACAUAAGAACUCCACAAAGAGAAAAGCGCGGGACAACUUGAGAGAUGAGAAAAAGCUAUCUAUGUAUGCUUCUGUCACGCAAGUUAUACCGGACAUUGAUGAUCCUUCAAAGAUCUCAGGCUAUAUGGUAGAUCGUGAAAAGAGGGUCAUCGAGAAGUUUCAGUUCGAGACAAAUGAGAUGACGGCCUACGAGACAUGUAACAGUAUCUGGAGCAUCAUCAACAAGCUAUAGAUAGACCUUGACACCAGUUAGUUUGGAUGAUAUCUCUGUCUGAUCAGUCUUGGUUCUAGAUUACCAACCAAAAAACCUCUCUAGUCUAUACCUAUAGUUUCGUAGAUGUAAACACUUUAUGUUUCGUUAACAUCACCUUGGUUGCAACCAAUUGAAAACAUGUAUUUAAGUUCA